GUGAAAUCGUGCGAUUUAAGGUGCCGUCUAGAUCGAGGGGUUGUUUUCCUUGGUUGGGAAAGAUUUUCCCAGCGAUUUCGGGUUCGGCUCGUGCUCGAGAGAGGAUAACGUUGAAAAGAGAGAGCGGGAGAGCGCGAGAUGAGCUGAUUAAGGAUCGCGCUGCCAGCUGUUACAACUCGCGCGUUGUUUUCCUCUCUCUUUUCGAGCAGCUGUCACGGAACGCUCCGCCGUCGGCGUACGGAGUCGACAUUCGCAAAGGGCCAAAUUGGCAGGACGAGCCCGACACUCGUGCUCAGUGUCACGCUUUUCCACGCAAGUGUGUGAGUGAAUCUCUCUAUUUCCCCCGGUGUGAGUGUGUGUUGGUGAAUCAACCGGGGCACGAUGAAAAAUCAAAAUUAUCAAUCUUCCCGUUCACGUACUCAGUCUUUGGCGGAUAUUCGAAGGAACGCGUCGCGUCGUCGUCGUCGCCGCAGCAGCAGCAGCACCAACUGUCAGCUGUUUUCGUCGCCGUCGUCGUGUUGUUUCGUCGACUUUUCGUGAUAGAGGAAUGUUUUGAGGGCGAGAUCCAAGUGUGCCAAGAAUAUUUCGCUUCGCUGCGAAAAUGAUGAUCUUGAUCGGCGGCCCGUCGUCGCUUGGAAUUAUGACGAUCAGCGUCGCGUCGACUUUGUCGGCGGCGUCGUGAGUGGGCGUCGGAAAGAGUCCGCAAAUCAAAAAAAAUAUUGUGGAUGUGAGGAAAUUUGAGAAAACCAAAAUAAAAUAAAGUAAAAAGAAAAACUCACUGGAGAAAAACGAAAAAGUGUUGUAAUUGACACAGACAAACAGAGUUGACACCGGUUGUGUAAAUCGACCAAGUCAAACGAAGGAUCAAACGAAGGAGAGCGGAGGUCGUCCGCGCUGAAAAUCGAUUGUGGAAGCAGCUUUAAGGUUAGCUUUAAGGUGGAUUUUGGGCACGGCGGGAAAUUCAAACCAUUGAGUUGAGCUUCUUCUUGAUUGUGUUUCCGUGUGGUUUCGGCAACAAGUGUUUGUGCGUUAGCGUUUGAGGAAGAUUCGAAGCGUCCGUAAAAAAAGAAGUGUGAAAAGCUAAAAGAGAGUGAGGAAAAUCCCUCGGAAAAGCGCAACGUAAUAAGCUUAAGGGGAGAGGAGCCAGUCCCGUGUAUAUUUCUACAUUUCCGCAUAGCAAAAAAAAAGGUGUUCAUUUUGUACCCCGCUCGCCACCCCCCUCUCAUUGUGCUCGUGGCUAAGAGUGUGGCCUCUAUUUUGCGUGCGUGCGUGUUUUUAUCCGUGAGUGUUCGUGCGAGUUAGUUUUUUCUUUCCUUUGUGUCCCUAUUUCUAUUUUUGUGUGUAAGUGUCCGUUUACUCGUUGCGCAAGUAAAAAUUAAGCAAAAGCAAGUGUUCCUUUCAAAUAAAAAAAUAAAUAAAUAAAAAAAAUCAACAAUGCUUAAUUCGUUGGAAGCGUUGGCCGGCAAGAUUUCGCCCGGAUCCGGCAAGAGUUCCCCACCGGUCGGAACGUCCCCGGGAGGAGCCGGCCCGGGCACCACCCUGCUGGACAGUAACGGCAACAAAGUGCUGCUAGGUGGAUACGUAGCGGCCCACCACCACCAGCUGCUGCACGCGGCAAAGCACCCGUACCAGAAGCCGGGCCUCAGCAACAACAACAACACCGGAAACGUCGUCGUCAACGGAAGUUCCGGCGGUGCGGCGGCCCUCGGUGGUGGCGUCCCACCGGCCAUCGGAAUCGGCAGCACCAGCAAUGGGACCACCGCCGGGACGACGCCACCGGCGGCCAUCUUGGCCGAGCAUUACCCGCACCACCAUCACCUCCAGAGCAGUCUGCACCAGCUGCAUCUGUUGCACCAGCAGCAGCAGCAGCGGACGGCGGCGGCCGGAAGUCCCGGCGGGCCGGCCGGAGCGGCCACCAUUCCGGACGUGCCCGACGGGAUGACCGAGGCGAUGCAGCUGGACGCGAUGAACGCAGCGAAGGAAAAGUGA